AUGAGCUCUUUCAGCCAUGUCAGUCUCCUUUCGACUUUUGAACAGGCGAAUUCGCUGAACCAGUUACAGGGUUCCUCGUCUGACCCAUCAUUGCUGUGGUGCAGGUUACCGAUUGAACUUGUCCAAGAGAUAUUGUUGAUCGCUGCUUCUGAGAGUCUGCGUACUGCUCUGCGAUUCUGCUUGGUUGCACACUCUGUGAGGCGAAUAGUCCUACCCCUACUCUACCGAUCCGUACACCUCUAUCGCGAGCAACACGUAUCCUCUUUUGCUCUCGCAUUUACCUCUCGAAAGCCCUCUCUGGUCCCUCUACCUUCUCGGAUUACCCUCCGACAGCCGCCGUUCGCACCCGUGCGCGCGCUUGCGCUGUCUAUCCCACAUGCACUGCCUUCGCUUGAGAGCGCGCUUGCUGGAGCAGCUGCGGCCGGCGCCUUCGAUAGAGUUCAAUACCUCGCCAUCUCCGCUCCUCUCUUAGGCGCGCAUGCCUUCUGGUUGCGGAGCAGGCAAAUUGCGCCGACCACAAUCAUGCUCUUUCACACUGGACGUCCUCAACCUGUGGACUUCACCCUUCCUAUCUUCCAACGCGUGCAUACCCUCUAUACCAGCACAUUGGAUGGUCGCCGUCGACUCUCGAUAUCCAGUCCAGAUCAAGAUCACCUGGCGCUUACCACGCUUCCCGCUUUGCGCCGCCUGGCGAUGACAACGCGCGCGGAGCGUAGUGCUGCCGAAAUAACGCUCUUCUGCGUCAACGUCCGGAGAGUGUUGCAGAAGCUCCCACAACUCGAGCUAGUUGUUGUGCGCCUAUUGCACACUACGCACAACGCUCUCGCCCGGUGGGGCAUGCCCCUAGCGACACUGGCUCGCGAAGGCGGCGCCCGGCUGAAGGUGGUUGGGUUUGCACCGACCGCGCGCGUCGAGUGGGAUGCGUUCACGUCACCAUACGCCGCCUCCGCCCUCACGGCUGGCAUGUCUCCCUGGGAGACAUCAACUGUCUAUGACACCCCGUGGCCUGCGCCGAGACACUACGACGAUUGGCCGGCUUUCACGGCACAUGGUGGCCGGGGCCUUCGACGCGCGGAGGAUAUGAAGCGGACGCGCGGUGGCAACAUCGUCCAACCACAGCCUGUUGGACCGCAGUGGGAUCUCGACCUGUUUGGAGACCCGAAGGUGCUUGCGCGGCCCGUGUCACCCACGCACUAUCCCGGCGUGUGGCCUAUGCAUGACGACGACGCGCCACCUGCACCUGGGCCAGCGUGGGUUGGAGGCGGAGGCCCUUGGAUCGGCGAGGGCUGA